ACCUAGCUAGCUAUCUCUAAAACAUACACUCGAAUUAACCAUAUAUGGCUCCAUCAAUCUCAAUGCUCCAAAAAAACCCACUAGACAUUUUCGAUUUCGUAGUAAACCAAGGUCAUGGAGUGAAAGGCUUGGCAGAAUUGGGACUCAAGACAUUACCUCAACAAUACAUUCAAUCUACACAAGAACGGUUUGAUUUUAUGAGUAACAAUGUCGAGGAUAAUUCAAAUAAGAGUUCCAUACCUGUUAUUGAUAUGUCACACUGGGACGACCCAAAUGUAGCACAAGCAGUAUGUGAUGCAGCACAGAAAUGGGGGUUCUUUCAGAUAGUGAACCAUGGAGUCCCGAUUCAUGUGCUUGAAGACGCUAAAGAUGCAACUCACAAGUUUUUCAGCUUGCCGCCACACGAAAAGCAGAAAUACUCAAAGGAACAUUCGGUUACCAAUAACGUUCGUUUCGGUACAAGCUUUACUCCUGAAGCCGAGAAAGCUCUUGAGUGGAAGGACUAUCUUAGCCUCUUUUUUAUCUCAGAUAAUGAGGCCUCUUCCUUUUGGCCUUCCAUUUGUAGGAAUCAAGCAUUGAAUUACAUAGAGAGUUCUCAUAAUGUUGUUAAGAAGUUGCUCAAGAUACUGAUGAAAGGACUCAAUGUGGAAGAGUUGGAUGAGAGUAUAGAACCGAUUCUAAUGGGAUCAAAGAGGAUUAACCUUAACUACUACCCCAAAUGUCCAAACCCCGAGCUUACAGUGGGUGUGGGACGCCAUUCAGACGUAUCCACGCUCACUGUACUCCUUCAAGAUGAUGUUGGAGGGCUUUAUGUGCGAAACACGGAGACUAUGAAAUGGAUUCACGUCCCUCCAAUUAGCGGAUCUUUGGUGAUCAAUGUUGGAGAUGCACUUCAGAUCAUUAGUAACGGGACUUACAAAAGCGUUGAGCAUCGUGUGACUGCUAAUGCAAAUAGUAACCGGAUCUCAGUCCCGAUAUUUGUGAACCCGAGGCCUCAGGAUGUUAUCGGGCCUCUUCCAGGCCUGACUAAGAAUGGGGAGAAACCGCUUUAUAGACAUGUUCUUUACUCGGAUUAUGUGAAGCAUUUCUUCAGAAAAGCACAUGACGGGAAGGCCACAAUUGAGUUCGCAAAAGUGUACUUUUUGUAUAAAAACAAAAACCUUUUACUGAUGAAGAACGAAUAAGAGAGCUUAAUCUAAUAAUAAGCCUUUUUAUUUUUGUUUCAAGAAAACUU